AUGCCGGCGCCGCAGGACGCCCGCCGCAGGGCCCGGAACAAAGAGCACCCACCUUCCAAGCUUUUCACAGAAUACGACAGGCUGAACAGCCGGCGCUGGGUGUUUGUGAGCGAGGGGCUGGAUGACUGCAGGAAAGUGGGUCUACUGUACCACGGUCUGACCCCCGCCCAGAGCCCCAGGGAGGCCUUUCUACCCCAGAUCCAUCACAGAACCCCCCAGCCAGCCCCCAAGAAGAGGCAGCACGAGUGGCCCACGAAAGCAGCCCUGUCCUCCAAGCUGUCGAGGGUCCCUCCCACCCCGAAGACGCGGCUGGAGGGCAGGGCAGGCCGCCUGGCCGCACACCCCCUGGCCGUCUACCCUCACCUGGAGGAGGCGCUGCCCGCCGAGCUCUUACUAAAGGUGCUGGAAGCGCUUGAUCCUGAGAGGAAGCUGCAGGAAACUUGGGCUUGCUGUCAGGAUGCCAGGAGAAGAGCGAAGGAACCCACGCACCUCUUAAAAAAGCCUUCCACUCAGCUGCAGCCGGGACUUUCCAAGAAGGCUCCUGUGUUGCAUUCAGGACGGUGGCUUCAUGAGGAAAAGCCAGAUGUAGUGGGUUUGCUCCAUGAAGACUGUCCUCAUGCUCUCAAAAGUGUCCACGAAGGCGUCAGAGACUUCUGCAACUGGGCUACAACGUUGGGAGUUCCGGACAUCCACGAAGAGUACGUCCUGCAACAAUUUGACCUUACGAGUGAGAGCAACGUGCUCAGUGAGAUGAGGCCACGCCAGGGGCCCCCGGAGCCAAAGGAGAGCAAGAGCCUGGGGCCGGGAAGCCGGCCGGACACAGGAUGCCCGACACCGCAGAAAUCUCCUAAAGCGAAGAGGGCGAAGAUGCGCUACGGGGCCUGGUACCUGCGCCCCAGCUUGUGGAGAAAGCAACGAGCGGAUGAGCCCCUGCUGGACCCCAAGGUCUGCGAGGCCCGGGGUGAGCGGCUCAGUGAGGAGCAGGAGAAGCAGGAUGAGCUACUGGCACACCUUCAUGGACCCGCCGCCUUCAAGGAUUUCAUCAUACGCAAAGGCUACAAGAUGCCCAGGUUCCUUGAGAAGCUAGAUGUUGGGAAGAAAAGCGACUCUGAAUUCGAUAAGACUCCUACUAAACUCACCUGA